ACAGAACUAUGACCUGUGGUAAACAUUUAUGAUCUAACAAACGGCGUAUGAGGACGGACGAAAACACAACUACAUAUACGCUUAUACGCUUCGCCAUGGCUGCUUUAAGGGCCGACAGAUUACUGUUGUAUCAGGUGUUUAUAUUCUAUUGUGUUGCGCCAGGUCUCGAAGCUGUCAGAAUAUUAGUGGAACAUCAAACAGUAACGGCAAAUCCCAGUGUCGCACUAGUGACACUGCCAUGCGAGUACAACAGCACCAGUGUGAACUCUCCAAGUAUCGACUGGUACCUGCUUGCGAAUCAGCAAAGGCAAGGCGUCAUGUCCGUUGGAACACGGAAUAACAUCACUGUGCACGAGAGUUACCGUGGGCGCGUUGCUAGGGGAGAUCAAGCUUCAUUGGUUUUGAUUGGUCCAUCAGUACGUGAUAGCGGGACGUAUCUAUGCCAGGUGAAAAUAUCAGGGGAGACGCCUAAUUGGGCCAACGGACUGGUGUCACUAAAGGUGAUCAAUCAAUCGGAAGUGAAUGUUUCCACAGCUGUGGCCAUGAAUUGUUCUCGGUCAAGCAGCGCCGCACUUUGGGUUUUACUCGUCAUUGAUUGGAUCAUCCCUAUGUGCUGCGUGCACGGGUUCUCUGAGAGUUACCGCGGCUUACAUGCGAGGAUUUCUCUAUUCAGCAACAUCAUGAUAGCAUUGCUAGGUGUUAUUGUUGUUAUCUCCACGAUUCUCAUCACUGUGAGUAUGAAGUACCUCACGGACUGCUAUUCCAAAGACAGUCUUCGCUGGGCAGUAGGAAUACCCACAGGGAUCAGUGGAGAUUUAUUGCUUAUUGGCGUAAUUUUAUUGUUGGUCCGACUUAGGAAAACCCACACACCCCCGCCAGUUAAAGGCGAGAAAACAGAUGAAAAAUGCCCACUGGAAGUUUCUCUAGAAGAUCUUACACUUGACAAUCUGAUUUGUGCUCAAACGCUAGUGGAUGCCCCGGAUGUCAUACACUGCAUGGUGCCCACGGGAAACAAAAACAACUUCUAUAUAUCUACAGAUCAUAGCGUUUACCUCUAUGACCAGUCAGGUGACGAGUUUAAAGAAAUCCGACUGGCACAUGCGCACAACAUAUUUAUGAUCUCGCUGGACAAAGGGAAACUUCUUGUCUCCACUUAUCCUGUCGAUGUCACAAGAAGAAGUUUUAUUUUAAAGAGGACGGCGUCGAGUUCAAUAAAGAGGAACGCUGUGCUUCUGGUUGAUCUCAAAACGUCGGCUGAAAGCAGCUCCAAAUUAAGCUUUUCGACUAUUGCACCAUGGAUCUGCGUGAACCUAAAAGGCGACUGGUGUGUGACGGAUGCGCAAAAAGGACUUCUGCAUAUCUUAAAAAAGGGAGCAAAAUCUGAAACCAAGAAAACUAUUGGAGCUGGAUUUCUGGAGAGUCCCUGCUGCGUCGUACAAAACAGCUCCGGGUGCUAUAUUAUCGCUGACAGUCAGAAGCACGAUGUUUACAUAUUCCAAAAAAACGGAUGUUUCCUAACGUCUCUGAAAGUGAAGAACAGUGACAGACUCCCAGAUAAAAUGUCAUCACCAUUCCAACUGGCCCUAGACCGGAAGGAUAAACUGUAUGUGGCCGCAAAAGACAAUGACACCGUCUACGUAUUUUCUGCGUCUUUCGAGUUCCUUGGCAAGGUGCCAUUUGGACCUACGGAUGGUACAACGCACCUCACGUCUCUGAUGGUCAACCCACUUGACGACACACUGUAUGUAGCUUUCGGAACCACCAUCAAAACCCUGUCCGUGGACUCGAUAGAUCUCACCGACUCCAACAUGAAUGAACAGUCCACAUGCUGACCAACUCGUGCUUUUUGAUGUUUACUGUGUGUGUUGGGAUUUCAAAAUAUUGAUCGCCACAACCUUUAUUUGGACAUACAUUCUCGUGAUCCAUAUCAGUUGCCAUAUCGUUGUAACGGCGUAAAACAUCCAUCAAACACAUAAACCAAUCGAAAAUACUUUACAUCUCCAAACAGAUUGCUUUUCUCAAAUUGUAUAAAAAAUGCAUAGAAAAAUAAUUUGGCACGGAAUUCUUAGGUAUCCACUCUCUCGUAUAUGGUGGCAUCGAGAUACUGGAAGCGGUGGGUAUGUUAUGUGCUGUAAAGACAGAGUGUUAACAUCUGCUUAGUGUACUUGACAAGCGACUAUUUCGAGAAAAUUGUGUAAGGCAGUAUGCUAUUUAAAAUAACCUUAAUCAUACGGCAAGAGCUAAAUAAUGAGGAUAAAUAUAGUACAAUAUACAAGAAAUAUACUCGUGCUGAAGUCUUCAUGAUUCUGUCCUUCUCGGGUUCAAAGGAAACUCUGGUCUUUGUGUUCAUAGACAAUAAUUGCUAGGGAAAACAGAUAAACAUAGCAAUUAGACCAACUCAUAUGACUAUGCUGAUUUAUGUUCAUGUAGUGGUACCAAUUACUAGGAAAUGAACAAUACCCAGCGGUGGGUUGUGCUUCUUUUUCUCUUAUAAAACUGAGGCUGACACACCUCAGAUUUCUCCCGAUUGCAUCGAAACUGACACGGAACAAUGUUCGGUUCUGGAGAUCGUUUCCCCAGUGACACGCGCGGAUGACAGCUUUAUCCGAUUUUUG